AUGAGAAAAACACCAAGUUUACUUUCUUCCGGAUCAGAAAGUACCAUACUGGUUCCCCGUAUCUUGUCACUGAUCGGAGUAAGCCAUCAGACACAACCCAACACCACCUUCCUUUGUCACUUUCUCUCUUCCCCGGCGAAGAGAGCCACCACUGUCGACUGUGGUAGCUCCUCCACCUCCCCAUGUCAUUCCGACCAUAAGCUUGCACCUCCCUGCCCGGUCUCUCGUCGAGCUCGCCUGAAAAGAAAGGAAACGAAGGCAGUGAAGCUGCCACCGCAGGUCCGUAACCAUCCACCGUUGUCAAAACCCAUUUCACCUCCAACCACCGCUUUGACUAUUGGAAUGCCUCCAUACCGGCAGCUACACCUGAAACCACCUGGCGUUCCUUCCCUCUCGUCAAAACCUUCAGAACAGGAACGCAAACGCAGCGAAGCUUCCAUCGCCGCCUACUGCUGCCAAACGUUGCCACAGGCCACCACCAUCGUCAACCUCCGUCAUCAUCACCAUUCUCCGCCGAUUCUGCUAUCACCGGUAAUAUAGAUAGACCCGGUCAUUCGUUUUAAGGGCAUAAAACGUCACAUAACGAUAUUCACGACAGAUUCACUCUCGAACCCCGUUCACGCUUCAAGGGUGAGUCUUACGGCUCCUUUUUAUGUUUUAUUAUUUUGGGGGGGAAUACAUGUGAAAUAUAUAUAAAUAUAUUUUCCGGUUAUGGAAUGUGUUUAUAAACAUGCUAAAUAUAUAUAUCGGUUAUGGAAUACGCAUAUAAAAAAAUAUAUAUCUAGUUUUAAUACUUAUUAUUGUCAAAAUAAUGUAUUAUAAACUGGUUUAUUUACAAUAUACAUGCGUUUAAAAAUAUUUAGUCAUGUGCAUAAUUUAUUUCACUUACAUCGAGCAUGUACAAACAUAUUUGUCAAUUAUAUAUGUACAAUUUAUAACAAUUAUAUCUUAGAAAUAAUUCAUGCAUGUGAAGAAGCAUUUUAUCUAUUUAAGCGAGUGACAUACAUUUUUACGGAUUUAUUGAUCUUAUUCAACUUUUAUAGUGAAACUUUACCGUAUAACCUAGUUAAUGGCCUCUAUAGUGAGACAGUAUUCAUUACCUAAGUUUAAACACUUAGUAUUCCCAUUCAACUAUAACCGUUAAUCCUCGGAGCGAGAUACGUAUGUAUAGAUCUAUACGGGUUGACACCCCCACCUGCGGUUGCUAGCUACAACCUCGACUGAUCAAUCGAAGCAGGUGCAUAUUUAUCUU